AUAUUCCCUUUUUCCAUUCCUUUUCUCUGCUGAGAAAACCAGUAUGUUUAAGUCUACAUGUAUAUAAUACUAAAUGACUUGACUAUUGGGCAAAAAGAGUUAUAUAAAAUAUAUCUGCGGUAUGGAUAUAAUAAGGGCUGAAAAUCUUGUUCUAAACUAAAACAGGUGACAACUAUGGCAAAUACUUAGGAAAUAUUGAAAGAGAAAAGGGAGAAAAAAAAAAGCACCAGCACAGCUUUUUUUUCCUGAAAAAUUUGGUUCAGACCAAAAAGUUUUCAAUAAUUACAAAAAUAAAAAAAUUCUUUAGGUUUUUAGAUGCUUUGAUGAAGGGACAGGAGUUAAAAGAAAAGAAGAAAACCCAGAAUUAAAAAUAUACAAAUCACUGAUAGUGUUAACAUAGUUUGUCAAAUAAGAUGGAAGAAUGAAUAAAAGAAAUUAAGAUAAUUUUUGAGGUGAUAUUGGGCACGAGAAUUAAGUCUUCAAUUGGUACAAGCACGACUACAACAAGUCGAUACUGUACAAGUUAAAAGUUUUUGUAGUCUUGGAGUGAAAUUCCAUUGGCUAUAUAUGAUUAUCUUCUCCAAGUAAGGUUCUAUUUGAAACUACUUCCCAAUAUUUCAUAGGUUUGCGAACUUUUUUUUUCAAAGAUUGUUGUUGACUCCUGUAGUACAACAGUUUUAAUUUUUUUCCUUGGUUCUCAUUUUUUUUUGUUUUCAAUUGUCAGCAAAUUCAAGAUAUACUAUUCCUUUUUUUAAGUUUUCAUGAAGUAAAUCCCCUACAUAAAGAAAAGGAAAACGAAUUACUUUUAAUGAUUUUUUUUUCCACAGUGUGUAUAAGUUAAUCUACAGUUAAUUUAUUUGAUCUCAUUCUAUUCCCAUUCCUUUUGUCAUCAACAGUUUGUUAAUCAUCUUAGGUGUCUAUAGUUAUAAGUUUUCAAGCUCAUCUCUCCUUAGUGCUAUAAUAGGUUUCAUCCUGUUGUUGAGGAAUCAUAUAGUUUAAAUAAAAAGAAAAGAGAAAACCUGUAGGAUGGGGGAUUCCUAUACACGCAAGCAGACGGCUGUGAACCGGCUGAGGCAUCGACUGAGAAAGAAACGAGAAUCUUUGGCAGAUCAUUUUGACUUCAAAAUGUACAUUAUGUUCCAUUUCAAAGACAAGAAAAAAGCAUCUGCUCUCUUUGAAGUUGCAGAAGUUUUCCCUGUCAUGACAAACAACUAUGAAGACAGUAUUUUACGAGGUGUUAGGGAAGAAGCUUAUUCCUAUGAGAGUACAAAGGAACUGUUGGAUAAAGAUGUUGUCCAACUUCAUGCCACUCGCUGGCAAUCAAUGAGGAAGGAUGUGCUGGGUUGUGCUUCAGACAUGGAUUUCAUGUUGUGGCCCCGUAAGGACAUUGAUAAGAUUGAAUGCUUACUUUUUUCAAGAUGGAAAGGAGACAAUGGCAAGUUUAAGCCUCUGCAGACUGUCUUUGAAUUUUCACAUCAUGAAUAUGAGAAACAGUUGCUCCAUCUAGUGGCAAUUCGCAACCAGAAGUCUGCAUUGAUCAUCAGUAAUGCUGAGCAGUCAAUGUUCCUGUUUGUGGAUAGACAUGUUAUUCAAACCAGCAACACCCAAGUAGUAAUUUUCAAACUAUGUAGCCUCUGUCUCUACAUACCACAAGACCAACUGAUGCACUGGGGUCCGGGAGCAGUUGAUGAGGUUCUGGCAUGUCGCCAGUCAUAGACUGAAGUGUUUCAUUGCCACCGUGUCUUGUCAGCACUAUAAAUUGGCUCCUGCUUCACAUACAAAGAAUAAAGAACAAUUAACAACACCAACAACAACCCCAGUUCAUCUUAACCUCUCUGCUACUGUACUCCUUUCUGAUCAUUCAGUUGUCUCUUUUUCUCUGUGUCAUCUUAAUCUGAUGAGAUGUGCUGAUUUGAUAUGGUGGUGUGGUGCAGUAAGGUACGGUGUAUAGUGCAGUGACAUAAAGAAGUACAAAAAAAGAGCAAAAACAACAAUAAUAACUAAAACAACAUACAAAAAAAAAAGACCAUAUGAAACUUUUUUCAUUUCAUUGGCUAAAAAAAAAA